AUGGCAUACGAGCUGAUCCACGACCGCCGGUAUCCACACAUCCCUCCCGGAGAGAUAUUCUUCGGGACCGCGAAGACGGAAGCGAUGAGACUGGAGGUCGCGAAAUACCUGCCGCCCAACACAACCGUCAACUACACGGCCCGUGACCUCACUUUCCUCAUCGCCGGGGAAAUGGCGGCCAUAAAUCCCGACCACUUUUUGGUCACUAUUGUGUCCUUCACGGCCAGCACUUUCGGGGGGGUUGCGGGGGUGUGUCUGGGGUACGCCCACUGGGAGCAGGGGGUGUUCCACAUCCACGUGGUCGCCAUGCGAAGGGACACCAUUAAUGACCCUAUUAUGAGCCGCAAUAGUGCCCCCACCGCAUCGCUGCCUCCCCCGCCCCCCACCCGCGCCCCCCGGAGCCCACCCCACAGCUCAGGGACGCCCACUCGCGGCCGGCGGUCUCCCGGAGACCCGACCGCGCCUUCCGCCGCAUCCACGCGGUCAACAAAGCCUAGGGCUCAGCUGUUGGGCUCAACCGGUUGUUGGUGUGAUAUAUUGACGUUCAGGAAGAUUAUUGAGGCCCGACUCACGAUGUACAGUCAGGACCACAACCGGACGAUCACCACUCCGGCCAUCGCUCAGCUGUUGUCCAACAUGUUGUACAACAAGAGAUUCUUUCCGUAUUACAUCAACAUCUCUAACGUGAUCGCAGGUCUGGACACCGACGGCAAGGGUUGUCUCUAUUCGUACGAUCCGGUCGGCCAUUGCGAGCGCGAGUACUAUCACGCGGGCGGCUCUUCAGCGGCGCUGAUUCAGCCCCUACUGGACAGUCAGGUGGGCCUCAAGAACCAGAGGGCGGCCGUCAUGAAGGAUCUGACCGUCGAGUCCGCCAAGAAGUUGAUUAAAGAUGUCUUCAUAUCGGCGACCGAACGCGAUAUCUAUUGCGGCGAUUCUGUGGACAUACAGAUCAUCACCAAAGAUGGCGUCCAAUCGGAGACAAUGAGCCCGACGCUAGUAUUGAGUCAAAACGGGUCCCAAACGGCGGCCCAACACAAGUCGGUCGCAGCGGCGGUCGUCGGCGGUGACAGCACUGAUCCCAAGAAGACAACCGCAGGUCGUGUCAGAGACGAGGGCCUGCACUGCGACUUCGCGUGCCUUCUGUUCCGCCAUAUCGUCGACAAACCAUACGAAGAGAAGGUCUUACAGAUAGUGAAAGAGGCCGUCGCUAUUGAACAGGAGUUCCUGACCGAUGCCCUCCCCGUUGCCCUGAUUGGCAUGAAUUGCGAACUCAUGAGGCAAUACAUCGAGUACUGCGCGGACAGACUUCUCGCUGAACUCGGCGUCCAAAAGUACUACAAGUCUGUGAAUCCGUUUGAUUUCAUGGAACAGAUCUCAUUGGAAGGGAAGACAAACUUCUUCGAGAAGCGCGUCGGAGAGUAUCAGAAGAGCGGAGUUAUGGGAACCGAAGAGAACCACAAGUUUGUCGUCGACGCCGACUUCUAAGUCCCGC